UAGUUGGAUCUUGUAAUGCCGAAGAUGCUGUGGUCGCAGAAAGAUAUCGUUGCGAUGAAGUGGCAAAUGAAAAUAUCGAGGUUUUGAAACAAUCAUAUUCACAAAAUAAUAACGAAACUCAGCAACCAAAACAACAAAUCCGACUUUCGUCACCUGUUCAAUUUAAUAAUAAUAAUACGCAAACUAAUUCACAUGAUGCUCAUCAGCCUCCAUCAUCCAAUUUAAUUCGAAGAGAAUCGAUAUCAAUUACACAGCAACAACCUCCAUUGCUUUCUUCACAAACAUCUUCAAAUCAGGUAUCACUACUAAAUAAUAAUGAUUCUGAGCAAUUACGACAUGAGACUACUUCAUCUAAUCAGGGUCCAUCAUCACCCAUGGAAAGUCGUUUUCCUGCUGCUCUUUCAGAUUUAGUUGCUUCAUUUGAAGCGGCUAAAGAAAAAUCUUUAAAUAAAGACGACGGUUUCCAUGUUCAACAAAUGCUCGAUGCCAGCUUAGAAUUUGUACCCGAAAGUUUGGACGCCGAAAGACCUAAAUACUAUGCACCACGCAAUCCAUAUCUGACCUCACAAUAUUAUCCACAAGCACC